AUGGAUGUUCAUAAUACCUUUCUACAAGGUGAUUUAUCAAAAAAGGUAUACAUGGUGUUGCCUCUAGGUUUCCAGUGGCAGGGGGAGUACAAGGGUAUGCCUGAAAGUUCCUAUGACCAUUCAUUGUUCACAAAGAAGGAUGGUCUUGACGUUGUAAUUGUAUUAGUUUAUGUAGAUGAUUUACUUCUUACAGGCAGCAGCAUGAAGUUGAUUCAGGAGCUGAAAUCAGUCCUGCACCGUCACUUCAAAAUGAAGGACCUUGGAGAUCUCAAGUCUUUCCUAGGAAUUGAAGUAUUGAGGUCCAAGUCUGGGAUCUUACUCACUCAGAGAAAAUAUGCUCUUGAGCUAAUAUCAGACUCAGGUCUUGGUGGUGCAAAGGUUGCAAGCACACCAUUAGAACAAAAUGUGAAACUCACAACUGUGGAUCAUGAUGAAUACACAGGGAAAUUAGAUGAUCCUCCACUAAAGGACAUCACUGGAUACCUAAGACUAGUUGGGAGUUUGUUAUAUCUGACAAUCACAAGGCCUGACAUAAGCUUCACUGUUCAAAUGCUAUCUCAGUUCAUGCAGCAACCAAAAGCUUCACAUUGGGAGGCUGCCUUGAGGCUGAUCAGAUAUAUCAAAAGGAGUCCAGGACAAGGGUUAUUUUUAAGUAGUGAUUCAGAUGCACAACUGUCAGCAUAUUGUGACUCAGAUUGGGCAGCAUGUCCCAACACUACGAGAUCAGUGACAGGUUAUGUGGUCAAAUUGGGAAACUCUCUUAUAUCAUGGAAGUAA